AAGAAAUGCAGUGUGGAAACAGAUGGUGCCACGUGUACCCUGCGUAUUCAUAAUGUCGACUUCAGUGAUGCUGGUGACAUUGAGUGUCAGGCCAAGAAUCGCUAUGGUGCUGUGUCCAUUAGAGCCAAGUUGACUGUGUUGGCCCCAGCUCACAUUGAUCUUCCACCCCGAUACGGUGAUGGCCUGCAUUUCUGCCGUGGUGACACCAUCAAGGUCCGAGUGCCAAUCACUGGCACACCCACCCCUGAAGUUGCCUGGCUGAAGGAUGGCAAGAAACUGGGGCCCAAAAGCCUUGGGUGGACGUGUGGACAUAUCAGGCACUCACCUACACUCAACUAUCAUUGUGGAUGAUGCUAUUAAGUCAGAUGAAGGCAUUUACACUUUAGAGGUGCAGAAUGAACUUGGCUCAGCAUCUGUGGACAUUCCCAUAUAUGUGAUUGAGCCACCGAAUCCACCAACUGAUUUGAUCAUCACAGACAUUGACAAACAUGCUGUCACUCUCACCUGGGAGCCACCAGAAUAUGAUGGUGGGUCACCAGUCACAGGCUAUGUGGUAGAGCGCCUUGAUCCAUCAACUGGUAUCUGGCGUUAUGCUCUGAACUGCCCUCGCCCAGCCUGCACUGUGAAUUGCCUGGAUGAGCAUCAGGAGCACCGUUUCCGUGUGAUGGCUGAGAACAUGUUUGCUGUGAGCGAACCUAGCAAAGCUUCCAUGGCUGCAACAACAAAGGAACCUAUUCCUACAAUUAACUAUGAGGAUUUCUAUGACAGCGGGUUUCUUGGCACACCAGUAGAUGUUACCAGGAUCCAGGGUGAUGUUCUUGGAAAAUACAUCAUCUGUGAAGAACUUGGCAGGGGAGCAUUUGGUGUGGUCCACCGUGCCAUUGAACGAGCUACAACUAAGAAUUGGGCUGCCAAGUUUGUGAGAUGUCGCCCAGGAGACAAAGACCUGGUUCGUCGUGAGAUUGACUUGAUGAACAGCCUUCACCAUCCCAAGCUGCUACAGCUGCAUGAAGCCUUUGACCAACCUGGAGAAAUGGUCAUGAUCUUAGAGCUGUUAAGUGGUGGAGAGCUGUUUGACAGACUGGUUGCUGAGGACUAUGACCUAAAAGAAGCUGACUGUAUUGAGUAUAUGCGACAGGUGUGCCAAGGUGUUCAGCAUAUGCAUCGCAAUAACAUAAUCCAUCUUGACCUAAAGCCAGAGAAUGUGAUGUGCGUGACAAAGGACAGCAAUGAUGUGAAGAUUAUUGACUUUGGCUUGGCCCAGCGCCUGGAAGAAGGAAAGCAAAUCAAAGUGCUGUUUGGCACUGCAGAGUUUUGUGCCCCUGAAAUUAUCAACUUUGAGCCCGUGUCCUUCUGCACAGACAUGUGGUCCUUGGGAGUUGUUUCUUAUGUCUUGCUGAGUGGAUACUCUCCUUUUGCUGGAGAAGAGCAGCAUGAGACCUUCUCUUUAGUCAACAAUGCUGACUAUGACUUUGAUGAUGAUGUCUGGGACAAUGUAUCAGAUGAAGCCAAGGACUUCAUCAAGAGACUGCUUAUCAAAGACAAGAAACAGAGGAUGACAAUUGAUGAAGCUCUGGCUCACCCUUGGCUUAAUCCUGUUCCUGCUGCGCCAGUGCACGAUGUUGUGGAUGGAUGGACCGAGAAGAAGCUGACAGGCCAGACCCUUUCCAAUGCCCACCACAAAGAUUACAGGCUUCGCACAAAGCACAAGGAAGAUGCUAAGGAUGCAUUGCCAAUUGGUCGUCUGUCCCGAGACAGUGCUGUCUUCAGAAAGGAGGGAGAUGCCGGAGUGCUUGUCAGAAAGCUUGUCAUGGAACUGCCAGAACAUGCACCUGUGGUGUAUGAGGAGCUGACAGAUGUGUCUGGCUUUGAGGGCUCACGUGUCCAGCUGUCAUGCAAGAUUAUUGGCAAGCCAACACCCCAGAUCAAAUGGCUGAAGGAGGGUCAGGAGAUCACACAAGAUGCUCGUCACCACUUGGCCUACAAGGAGGGUGUGGCCACGUUGCAGGUUCUAGAUUUGGAGCCAGAAGAUGCUGGACAGUACACAUGCCAGGCAAUCAACAGCCUGGGUGACACAGAGACCACAGCAGAGCUUAUGGUGGAAGAAGUACGACACAGGCGGAAGAGAAAGGAGGAGAUAGACACUGUGGCUGCUGUCAAAGUACCCAAACAGGAGGCUGCUGUCAUCGAAGGUGGCAUACAGCCAGAGUUCACCUUACCGCUGGUUGACCAAGUCAGACAAGUUGGUGAGGAUGUGGAGCUCAGUGUCACAGUUACUGGUUAUCCUGAGCCAGAGAUCAGGUGGUACAAGGGAGAUCGUCAGAUCUCUCCUUCUUCACACUAUGUCAUUGAACAAGACAAGAAUGUUUGUCACCUGACAAUUCAUAAAGGAACCCCUGAAGAUGCUGGUGAAUGGAGAUGCCUGGCAGUUAAUCCUUUUGGACAGGCCUGGAGUUCUUGUGAUCUGAAGAUCCUUGAAGCAAUUCCUGAAGGCCAUCGUGCACCACGUUUCCCACAUGAGCUGGAGGAUAUGACAGUGACUCGGGGCAGUAUGGUACAACUGGAGUGUGAAGUCAUUGGCUUCCCACAGCCUGCCAUAGAGUGGUACAAGGAUCGAAAACGUAUCCAAUCAGACAAGCAUUAUGACAUAAGGACGGAAAACAAUUUGUGCACACUCCAGAUCAACAAUGUUGACUAUGAUGAUUCGGGUUCAUAUAUGUGCCGUGCUGUCAAUGAUGCUGGAUCAUCUUCCACUGAGGCCAGAAUCAGAGUGCAAAGUGUUCAUGACACAGUGAAACGACCAGAACGUGCACCUGAGUUGGCACAGUUAGAAGCAGCACCAACCAGCCGCUACAAAUACCAAGUGGCACCAGACUUCACUGCCAAGCUGAAAAACAAGAAAGUACCAGAGGGCUUGAGUGUACACCUCAACUGUUCUGUCACAGGAAUACCUGAGCCACGCAUUCGAUGGCUGAAGGACGGAGAGGAGAUUUUUGAAGGAACUGAAUACAGCAUGAGAAACAACUAUGGACUUUUGUCUCUGGAAGUGCUGACUGCUCGAGCAAAACAUGCAGGCACCUACACCUGUGAAGCUUCCAAUGAAGAAGGCACUGUCAGCUGUUCUGCUAAGCUUGAGAUAGAAGCUGAAGAAGAACUAGAAGAACUGGAGCUGGAGCACUUGCGUCCUCGCUUCCUGACACAUAUCCAAGAUGUCACAGUAGAUGAAGGAGAUGAUGUCACUUUUGAGUGCAAAGCAGUUGGCAAACCAAUGCCCAAGUUCAAAUGGCAUAAAGACAUGCUUGAGCUGUACAGCUCAUCCCGCAUUCUUAUCACAAGUGACUCCAGUGGUAAUGCGACCAUGACCAUCCGAAAGGUUAAGGCCUCUGAUGCUGGCCUCUAUUUUGUUCAGGCUCAGUCUCGUUCUGGGCGCAACAAGUCCUCAGCUACACUUCAUGUCAGAGAGAAAGUAAGACCACCAUCUCCAGAAGCUGUGACAUAUAGACAACCAAGCUUUGAACCAGGCUACAGUUCUGUGCAGAAAAUGGCUGUUCCUGGCAGACCACCAAGCUUUUCCAUCAUGCUGCCAGCACAGAUCAGUGUGCAUGAGGGAGAGAAAUUGCGUCUUGACUGCUCAGUUCAGGGAAUCCCACAGCCAGUUGUGACAUGGAAUAAAGGACACAGAGGCUUGAUGUAUGGACAGCGCCACCGUAUUAUGUUUGUGGGAAGUCUGCAUACCCUUGAAAUUCCUUCCACUAUGGCUCUUGACAAGGGUGAAUACAUAGUUCGUGCUGCCAAUGCCUUUGGCUGUGUAGAAACAUCAUGCAUGGUGACUAUCCUGCCCCCAAGAAAGAAAGGGGAUGUUGAACUGCCAGAAAUGAUGUACUUGGAACCUGUUUCUAGAGCUAAGACAGGCGAAGAAAUUCCACGAAGAGGAAGAGCACCAUUCUUCAUCAAGCAUCUGCCGCAUACUAUUGAGGUCCAGGAAGGCACCAGCGUCAGGCUGGACUGCAUUUUACGUGGUGGAGUGGAGCUGGUUCAGUGGUCAGACGAGGAUACAGAGCGAAGCAAAAAGCUCUAGAAGAUGAAGGAUUUGAGGGAGAUUUUGUUCCCCUCAGAGAAGCUUCUGACACAGCUCUUUCUUCAAAAGAUGAUGCUAAAGCCCCACCAUCCUU